AUGGAUUGCAUCACAUGGAGUCCUGCAGGGCGAAUCUUGCAGGUUGAGUAUGCCAUGGAGGCUGUCAAGCAGGGUACGCCUGUCUUGGGCUUGCGCUCCAAGACCCAUGUGGUGCUUGUAUCUUUCAAAAGGGCUCAGUCAGAGUUGGCCAAUCAUCAGCAGAAGAUCUUCAAGGUAGAUGACCAUAUGGCAAUUGGCAUUUCCGGACUUACCGCUGAUGCAAGGGUCUUGGCAGACUACAUGCGAAAUGAGUGCUUGAACCAUCGCUAUGUCUUUGAUUCUGCAAUGAAUGUGGGCCGUUUGGUCGCACAAGUGGCUGACAAGUCCCAGCAAAAGACGCAGAAUUCCUCCAAGCGUCCCUAUGGAGUGGGGCUGUUGGUAGCCGGUUGCGACGAGAAAGGCCCUCACCUUUUCGAGACAUGCCCGAGUGGAAACUACUUCGAGUACUAUGCCAUGGCGAUCGGUGGUCGUUCGACUUCAGCAAAAACUUAUUUGGAGAAACAUUUCGAAGAGUUCGAGUCGGCCGACUUGGAUGCUCUUAUCAAACAUGGCUUGGAGGCGAUGAACAAGACAACCUCUUCAGAUCAGUCGCUCACCACCAAGAACACCACCGUGGCGGUGAUCUCGGACAAAUACAGGGAGCUCUCGAGUGAGGAGAUGCAGAAAUUCAUUGAUGGCCUCGAGAAGAAGGAGGAUGAGCCCAUGGAAGAUGAGCCGGCACCAGCAGCAGCAUCGGGCGAUGCACCUGAUGCUCCCGCGCCGAUGGACACAUCUGGCUAG